GUGACGGCGCGAGGAGGGAGGGGCGCUCGCGGAGCGUCUGACACACCAGCUCCCGCAGAGCAGCGACCGAGGCAAUUACAGCGGCGACGUAUCGGGAGAAGGCGGACACCGAAACUAAUCAAAAGGGCCGACCAGCACCUGAACCACCGAUCGAUUUUAUAAGCAAAAGGCGAUCAAUCAGCCCGCCGUUAACCUUCGGCGAAACGCGGAAGUGUAAUUCAACGUCAACGCUCUUUUUGACUUAUUAUCGUUGACAACAUGGCUGAAUGUGACGUUAGCAUCGACAAGAAUAAACUACCUGGAGUGAAAGAGGUGUGCAAAGACUUUGCUGUGCUGGAGGACCACUGCCUGGCCUACAACCUCCAGGAGCAAGAAAUUGAAAGCCACUUGGCGUCCAACGUCAACAAGAGCCGUCUGGUGCAGAAGGACCUUCAGGUGGCCAAGAAGCUGCAGGAGGAAGAGGAUCUGAGGGCCAAGGGCCACACCCAGAAAAAGCACAUUGACAUUGAGCGGCAAGACAAUGAGAUCGCCCAAGAGAUUCAGGACCAACUGGUCCGACAGGCGGAGCAUCAGCGGCAGCAAGAAGAGAAGGACGCGGCCAUAGCUCGUAAGCUGCAGGAGAAGGAGAUGAAAGAGGAGAGGAAGAGACAGAAGCAGCUUGAAGCUAACUUUGAGGAGGAGUACUUUGAGGAUCACGGAGCCGCCCGCCCUUCUCCUUCUCUGCCCCGUUCAGCCGCGAGGGGACCGUUGGACCUGGACGAACACACCCGUCACAGGUCCACCUCCCCGGGUCGACUGGACCACUACGCUCCCCUGAGCGCACACCGUGAUUACUCCCCAGAUUACAGCUCCAUGGAGACCAAAAGGAGCAGAUACCCCAAGCAAGACAACAGCCGCUCCAGGAAUCCCGAGCACCACCCCCCAGGGGCAGAAGGAGGGCGGAGCAGGCACGCAGAGCCGUACCCAGAACACCUGCUGACCCCUAGAGGCAAGCAGGGGGACAGAUACGCAGAUCCUGAGCCCACAGAGACCGGCAGAGCUAGGGGCCCCGGAGGGGAUGACCCGGACCGAGCGGUCAGAAGGAAGGAAAGACCGGCCAGACCUCCUCCACCAAAGAGCCCCGUGGGGAGAGAGGGGAGACGGGACCGGGGCAGAGAUCUGGAAUGGGAGAGGCAGGUGGAAAAAGAGCCAAGGAGAGACAGGGAGCACGACCCAAGAGGGGCUAGAGCAAGAGACCGGGAACGAUCCAGAGAUGGGACGCUGGGUGGGGACGGACAGAGCGAGAGAGACGGGCACAGGCGGAAGGACAAAGACGGGCAACGAGCGAGAACCAGGAGCAGCGAGAGGGGACUGGAAGAGGAGGCGGGGCACAGAAGGGACGGGCCCAGAGAGGGCAGGGCUUCUUGGGAGGAGGCGGGGGAGGAGGAGGGCGAGAGGGAAGGCAGGGCCCGGGGCCGGCAACGUGUCCUCUCUGGCCCCGAGGACGUGUUUGACGUGCUGGGAGAGCAGGGCGGGGGUCGUUCUCACCCCAACGGAGAGACAGGUCGCAUCGUGCACCGCGUGAGCGGGGCAGUGAUAUCAGAAGCUGCGUACGGCGUGAGCGAGGCCACCAAGGACUUGACUAAGCUCGAUGUCCGUGAGCAGGAGCUGAAAGACUUGGAAGUGGCCCGGAAAAUGCAAGAGGAGGAAAUCAAGGCCAGCAAGGGGCAUGUGCGCACCGCCCAAGUGGCGCAGGAUGAGGAAAUUGCCCGACUGCUGAUGGAAAGAGAGAAGAAGGAGUACCGGAAGAAUCGAGAGCGGGAGAACGAGCGAGAGCGGGAGAAGGAGCGAGAGCGGGAGAAGGAGAAGGAGCGAGAGAAGGAGAGGCUGGCCAUGGAGAGGAAGGCAAUGGAAAGGAGGCGGCUGGAGGGAGACUACAGGCCGAGCGCGGAGGAAGUAGUCCGACCCAGAACACGAGAUGAGCAUGACUACCAGAGGCAGAGGGAGCGAAACCACAACAAGCCUGCCAGGCCUCCUCAGCCUGGGGUUCACGACUAUGAGAACGUGAACUCUGGCUACGGCUACUCGGACCACCCGGCUCCCCCCCGCGCCCCCACCAGACCGGAGGCUGCUUACAAAGGUGGCUAUCACCGGCGGUGACUCGGGCUCUCUGCUGUCAUGCUGUCAGUCCUCCUUCAUCCUCACAUUUUUUUCUCUUAAAAUUCUAUUUUUUUUUUUUUGCACUCUCAAUCAAAAGCCUUGACGUUUGGCCCAGAGUUAAAGAAGUGUAGUCUGUGGGUGCUGCAACAACACAUCCUUUUUUUUUAAUGUAUAAGUUGUAGUUUAUAUUAUUUGUUUUAACUGACUCAACAUCACGACCAGCCAGAGAAACAGCCUUUGUGACACAACCUCCCCCUGAUUCUUAGCUGUUGACAUAAAGGAACCUGAACUUUUUCUGUGAUCAUUGUGUGCUGAUGUUCAUCCUUCCCGUGGACCAUUCCAUCAAAAGGGCUCACGGCCUCUGCUGGACGCAACCAGCCAAUCUUAAAACUCCUCGUGACUCUUCAUGGGGACGUGCCCGUCCGGUCCAACGCGGCUGCCACAGCGUCUUGGAUACCAACAUGGCAGCUGCUUUGUACCCGCGCGCUGAAGUUCUGCUCACUCGUCAUGCUGUUACAACAAACGGCGUACAACUCCCGAGAACAAAAAUAAGCUCUUAUCAAGAUGCUGGUGGCUUCGACGUGUUUUACCACGUGCACCAGCCCAGAGGAGGCGGAGCUUGGUGGAUCAUCCACGGACGUUUAAUUGGCUGUCGCCUUUUUCUUCUUCUGCUUGUGAGGGGAACUUUGUAACUCAAUCACCCUUAAAACUAUGGAUGGAUGAUGAUUUGUGUGAGUCACUGUUUCUAUGUGCAUGCUUACUGAAAGUGUCCAACUGUGUACAUGCAUUUCAGCUCUAUAUCGGAUGACCUUUGCACUCCGUUUGAAAGGUCUUCAGCCACAACAAGCCAAUAAUCCCUUUUUUUUUUUUUUUUUUUGCCACUAUUUCAUAUCGAAUCACCUUUUACAAACCAAUGGCUGACCCAUAAAAGGACCAGUACCAAAAUGAAGUGCGUGUACAUGGCUUGUCUGUCAAACCUGAUAUCAUGCUUGUGCUUACGGCACAGAUGUUGUGCAAUUGAAUAUCUGCUCUUGUUUUAUUUAAAUGUAAAUAUCGUUUCUGUUGGCUUUUUUUUUUUUUUUUUACGUGUGCAACUACAUUGUGUUUUACUCAUUUUUUUUCUGAAAAGGGAGUUACUUUUUAUACAAUGUCUUUCUGCAGAUUGUCCCUUCAGUCUUCUCUUAAGCUCAAAGGCAGACAUCACUUCCUUGCUGCAGUAAAGACAAACAUCCCCACAAUAGAUCUACUUCUGGACAGACAGAAAUCUGUCCCCAGAUCUGCUCUAAUGUAUAUCUGUGCUCAAAGGGAACUGGUUUUGUAUUAUACCGCCUCCAGGAUCCAUUAUUUUCUGUUCAUAUUGAAUGAGGUGAUUCCGUUUUUGACCGUUUCAUGGUGUUUCCAUGUCCCCCCCCCCCCCAUUAGAAGUGUUGUUUGAGUUGUAAAUCAGCUUCCAAAAUGAUUCCCUCCCGGUUGAGUGAACUGAGACGUUUGCAUUGCCACGGACAAAAUGUGUUUGUGUUCUAAUGUGCUUAUUUCUGUAGACUGAAUGAGCUUUGCGCCGUGUGUUCAUUUUAUCAGGGACUUGCCAAUGGGGAAAGCUUUUGUGGACGUAGCAGAGCUGCCAAGACGGGACUCUUUAUUUAUUCUUUGAGAGCACCACCAUGUGGACAUGUUGACAAUUGAAAUCAAAUGUACAAAAUUGAUGUGAUUGGGAUGUCGUUCAUCAGACGUUACUUUAGAAAAGAGUGCAGUCUACGUUGAAUGCUACUUUAUUUUCUUUAAUCCAGGGCUUGUAUGCAAUUUGCCAAUUGAUUCAACAGUGUUGAAACUUGCUGUAAAAAUGAAGGAGUUGCUCUUGUGGCAUCUUGAUGUAAUAAACUAUCAGCAUUCCCAACUG